AAAUCAGUCUAGGGUUGCUGACAAAAGAGGUGAGCCCUAUUACCUUUUUCUCUUUCCAUUUUUGUUGAGUUCCACCUUCUCUCUUCUCCUCCUCAACGUUGAACUCAUCCAGAGAUCUUUCUCAUCAUCUUCUGCUGAGAAAUUCUUGAUUUAAAAUUAACCCUUUCUUUAAUAUAUCUCUUCUCAUUUCAAGACAUUUCUUCUCACUCCGGGUUUCCAUCUUUACAGAUCUUGUCUCUACUGAACAAAAAAGAGUCAAAGGAAGAAAAGAUGGUGAGAGGAAAGAUAGAGAUGAAGAAAAUAGAAAACGCGACGAGUAGACAAGUGACUUUCUCAAAAAGAAGAAAUGGUUUGUUGAAGAAAGCUUAUGAGCUCUCUGUACUCUGUGAUGCUCAAAUCUCUCUCAUCAUCUUCUCUCAAACAGGAAGACUUUUCGAGUUCUCUAACUCAGACAUGCAGAAGACGAUCGAACGUUACCGCAAGUACACAAAAGAUCAUGAAACCAGCAACCACAACUCAGAAAUUUACAUCCAGCAACUGAAGCAAGAAGCAAGCCACAUGAUCGCAAAGAUUGAACUCCUUGAGUUUCAGAAGCGGAAGCUAUUGGGUGAGGGACUUGCUUCUUGUUCUGUAGAAGAGCUUCAAGAAAUUGAUAGUCAACUCCAAAGAAGUUUGGGAAAGGUCCGAGCAAGAAAGGCUCAGUUGUUCAGGGAGGAGUUGGAGAAGCUAAAAGCAAAGGAGAAACAACUGUUAGAAGAGAACGUCCAGUUACAUCAGAAGACUGAUAUGGAACCAUGGAGAGGAUCGACUAAUCAUGAAGAGAAAUUCAGAGUUGUUGAUCUGAAUUUGGAAGUACAAACUGAUUUAUUCAUAGGCUUGCCAGAGAAACACUGCAAAUGA